AUGGCGCGUCUUAGCCGCGUCAGGUUUCUGACCCUGGCGCUGGUCUUCCACCUGAUCCCGAUUGUCAGUGGUAUGCGAUCGUUCGGCGUCGAGCGGGAGCCCGGAGUGGAAGCGCCUGCCAAACGUCUCGUCCUCUUCGUCGGUGACGGCCUGCGUGCGGACAAAGCCUUCCAGGCCUUCCCCGAUCCAUCGCCGCCAGAAGAUGCAGACCCUGAUGAUAAUAACGGACCGGUUUACCUUGCUCCCUUUGUGCGCUCGCGCGCCCUCGAACACGGCACGUUUGGUGUCUCCCAUACCCGAGUUCCCACCGAGUCCCGACCCGGCCAUGUCGCGCUGAUCGCGGGAUUGUACGAGGAUGUGUCGGCGGUGAUGACGGGGUGGAAAUUGAACCCGGUCAAUUUCGACAGCGUCUUCAAUCGCAGCCGGCAUACGUGGAGCUGGGGCAGUCCGGAUAUCCUGCCAAUGUUCAAAGAAGGGGCGGUUCCCGGCCGCAUCGACGCUGAUACCUACAGUGAAGAGGCAGAGGAUUUUACGUCGGAUGCUACGUUUCUGGACACGUGGGUGUUUGACAGGGUCAAGGAGCUGUUCGCGCAUGCGAAGAAGGACCCGGAGCUGAAUGCGAAGCUGAGGGAGGACAAGGUCGUGUUCUUCCUCCAUCUGCUGGGUCUUGAUACAACCGGCCAUGCCUACCGCCCGUACUCCAAGGAAUACCUGCACAAUAUCAAGGUCGUCGAUCGCGGGGUCCAGGAGAUAACUGAACUCAUUGAAGACUUCUACAACGACGGCAAGACCGCCUAUAUCUUCACGGCAGACCAUGGCAUGAGCGAUUGGGGUAGCCAUGGCGAUGGUCAUCCGGACAACACGCGCACCCCUCUUGUUGUCUGGGGCGCUGGCGUUGCACCACCGAAACCUGUGGUGGAUGGUGAACCGUCUGGCCAUGAGGAUGGGUUUUCUUCCGACUGGGGCCUCGACCAUAUCCGGAGACACGACGUUGCGCAGGCCGACGUGGCUGCCCUUAUGGCGUACCUGGUUGGCCUCGAUUUUCCUGUCAACUCAGUUGGUCAGCUGCCCCUGGAGUAUAUCGACGCAAGCCCGCGGGAGAAGGCGAUAGCAGCUCUGGCGAAUACGCGCGAAGUAUUGGAGAUGUACCGCGUGAAGGAAGCCCGGAAGCGCGAAAACCAACUCCGAUUCAAGCCCUAUCCGCCAUUGAGUCAGACAGACAACUAUAUUGAGGAUAGGUUUUCCGAGAUCGAAGCGCUUAUCUCAAGGGGCGAAUUUGAACAAUCGAUUCGCGCGUCUUCGGAGCUCUUCUCUACUGCUCUGGAGGGUCUACGCUAUCUGCAGACGUACGACUGGCUGUUCCUGAGAACGAUUGUCACGGCAGGAUAUUUGGGCUGGAUCGCCUAUGCGCUGACCACGGUCAUUGAUCUUCAUGUCCUGCACGGCUCAGAAGAGCCGAAGCGGACGUUGUUCAGCACCACGGUGUUCUCUUCCAUUCUGGUCGCGCUGUUCUCGACCUUCAUGUACCAGCGCUCAUCUUGGAGGUACUACGUCUACGCAGUAUUCCCCGUUUUCUUCUGGGAAGAGGUUUUUGCUCGUCGAAAGGCCCUAGUGGCAGGCCGGGAGAUUUUGCUGGGACAUGUGCGAUCAUUCAGAGGUUACCUGUCUUUCGCUCUGGAGACAGCAGCGUUCCUCGGGGUGUUGGAAGCACUAGUCCAAUCGUACUUCUACCGCGAAAUCUUCACUAUUUGUUUCAUCAUCGCGGCUUUUUGGCCUUUGUUUUAUGGCAAAGGGUUUGUGUCCCAAAAUCGUCUGCUGUCUGCCACCUGGGCGGUCGGCUGUGGGUUGAUGAGUAUUUUUACUCUGUUGCCCGUGGUGAAAGUUGAGAACAUUGGCAUGAUCACUCUGGGAGGCAUGCUGAUGUUUGUGACUGGCCUUCUGUACCUUAUCUUUGAGGAGACCAUUGUGCGCCAUACUGGACACACUGUCAGUGACCGUGGAUCUCGGGUAAUUAUGGGGACGCAGGUCGGUAUGAUCCUUUUGGCGGUGAUUGUUACGAGGUCCAGUGCGGCAUCUCUGCAAGCCAAACAAGGCCUUCCCCUAGGCAACCAAGUGGUGGGCUGGUUUGUUCUGGAAUCGGGCUUACCAAGCUUCUUUGUAGUGUCUUCGCUGUUACUUCCAUUCGCCCACCGUCUGUAUCCGAAUAGCUACUAUUUGCACCGUCUGGUGAUGGUCUUCCUCACGUUCUCGCCGACCUUUGUGAUUCUCACCAUUUCCUACGAGGGUCUCUUUUACUUUGCGUUCUGUAUGACCCUGGUCACCUGGGUUCGGUUGGAGCACGCUACCUACGUCUAUAACAAGCCCCCAGCAUCGACAACGCCUGCUACUCCAGAGCAGAAGCAAGCAGACGACAACCGGCCCGAGGCCCCGUCGGGUCCUCCUGCGAAGACGACUGUUGGCGGUGAGACUUAUGCGUAUCGUGCUCUCACCAUUUCCGACGCCCGCGUGGCGCUGUUCUUCUUCUAUCUGCUCCAGUCGGCCUUUUUCAGCACGGGAAAUAUUGCCUCAGUCUCAUCCUUCUCGCUGGACAGCGUCUACCGCUUGAUUCCGAUCUUCAACCCAUUUAGCCAGGGUGCCCUGUUGAUACUCAAGAUUCUCAUCCCAUUCGCCGUCAUCAGCGCGAAUCUGGGGAUCCUGAACCGCCGGCUGGAGAUGGCGCCCAGCGCGCUGUUCAUGGUGGUGAUGACGAUUUCGGACGUCAUGACGCUGAACUUCUUCUACAUGGUGCGGGACGAAGGAUCGUGGCUGGAGAUCGGGACGACGAUCAGCCAUUUCUUCAUCGCCAGCUCGUUGUGUAUCCUCGUUGCUGGUCUUGAAUUCGUGAGCGAGCUGUUCGUCAGCGGGGUUGACUUUGGAACGACCGUCAGUCCGCAGGUGUCCGCUGUGCUUGACCAGGCCAAAGACAUUGCCAAGGCUGUCGAAAACACCACCACCAACGACCUGAAUGGCUCUGCUGAGAAAAAGCAUGCGGAACCGCAGCCAGAGGAUUCCGCUUCCGGGAAGUCAUCUGCGCCUGCGUCUCUUCCCAAUGGCGUAGAAGCUGUCCCAUCAUGA